GGGUAAAAGCAUUUGGGCGCAGCCUUGGGUUCUAUGGCUUUCCUGGAAGAAUACGUCAAUGGCAAGGUAGAGGACUGGGUUAGCCAAAUUGUCAAGCUAGCUGAAUUCACAGCGUCACAUCCACAAGCCUGCUAUGCCGCCUUCACCUUUGGCCUCCGCCAUCGAUGGACGUAUUUUCUUAGAACACUUCCAGAUAUAGAAGAUUUACUGGAGCCCUUGGAGCGUGCUAUUGCUGAUGUCCUGAUACCAUCAAUUACGGAUCAUCACUGUACAAAGAGUGAAAGGGAUCUCCUGGCACUCCCAGUACGAAUGGGCGGUCUUGGCCUUAUAAAUCCGAGACAGGAUGCAGCACUGCAGUACGAAACGUCGAUAAAGACCACAGCGCCACUGGUAGAGAAAAUUAUCGCACAAGCCUACGAAAUUCCAGAUGACUCUGUUAUUCACACACUGCAGCAGAAUGCGCGAAAUGAAAAGAACGAAGUACUUCAGGCUAAACGGGAUGGUAUUAAGAACUCUCUACCCCCGAAAACACGGCGUGCUAUGGAACUAGCAACUGAAAAAGGUGCAUCCAACUGGCUAACAGUUAUCCCCAUUAAGGAAAUGGACUACAAUCUGAACAAGGGUGAGUUUCGAGACGCAGUAAAGCUGAGAUAUGAGUGGAAAAUUGCUGAUAAGCCAUCAGUAUGCGUGUGUGGCGAUACUUUCAAUAUUGAUCACGCAAUGAUCUGCAAGCGAGGUGGGUUCAUCAUACAGCGCCACAACGAGCUGCGAGAUCUUGAGGCUGAUAUGCUUAACAUCGUCUGCAAUGAUGUCGAGGUUGAACCCGUUCUUCAAGAGUUAACUGGCGAGGUUUUACCAAGUGGAGCAAAUACAGCACCCGACGCUCGCCUAGAUAUCCACGCUCGAGGGUUUUGGGAGAAACAAAGGUCCGCGUUCUUUGACGUUAGGGUUUGUCACCCCAACGCGGAAUCCUACAAAGACCUGAGCCCUCAACAGAUAUACAGGCAACAUGAAAACGAGAAGAGGAUGUAUGCCCAAAGAGUGAUGGAGAUAGAACACGGAACGUUUACACCAUUAGUAUUUACAACGACUGGAGGCAUGAGUGAAGAGUGCAAGAGGUAUCAUAGCAGAUUGGCGAGCUCAUAGCAGCGAAGAAAGGCGAAGACUACUCUACGACCAUGUCCUGGAUACGAGCCAAGGUCUCCUUUGCCAUCUUGCGGUCAGCUCUACUUUGUCUCAGAGGGACUAGAGCACCCAGGAGGAUAACAACGAACGUUCAAGAAACGGACUUCGAAGUAGACAAUUCUCGUGCCAAAAUUUAGGCUUAGACUUUUACCAUAAAUUCUUACUAUAACAUAUACUAUAACAUACUACAACAAUUUAGACUCACUUCCUUGUAUAUACUAGUAAAUAGUUAUUAAUGUAGUAGGAUUAUUUUAUAAAUAAAUUAUUAUUGUUAUUAUAUUAUUAUUAUAUUAUUAAUAUUAUUAUUAUUAUAUUAUUAUAUUAUUAUUAUAUUACUAUUAUAUUAUUAUUAUAUUAUUAUUAUAUUCAAUUUUUUUUUUAAUAAUAAUAUGAUUCUUUUAAUUUUCAAAAUAUACAAUAAUGCUUUUGUUAUCAAUGACUAUAUUAAAUAAUCUGUUCUUUGGGCUUAAUUAAAAAAGUAUCUAAAUGUUUGUUGAAAUGUACAGUUAAAUUUUAAAAACAAACUCUGGAACAUAUACCGCUACAUAAUUAAAAUAUUUACCGCUAAGUAGCUAAAUAACGAAACUAACAUAUUCCGCUAAAUAACUAAUAUUCAAUUAUUAUAUUAUUAUUAUAUUAUUAUUAUUAUAUUAUUAUUAUAUUAUUAUUAUAUUAUUAUUAUAUUAUUAUUAUAUUAUUAUUAUAUUAUUAUUAUAUUAUUAUUGUAUUAUUAUUAUAUUAUUAUUAUAUUAUUAUUAUUAUAUUAUUAUUAUAUUAUUAUCAUAUUAUACUUUCUCUUCGUUUUCAGCAGUAACUUCCGCGGGUUUUGUCUUAAUGCUACUGUAAACACUAUGAUUCCACGAAUAUACCAGAUUGGGUAACAUGUCCACGUAUCUCACGGUUUUCUUGGCAGUAAAAUAACGCCUUCUUCGUCUUCAGAGUACGAAUCAGACGUUUCACCGUUCCGCGAUAGAAUCUAGAUCCUUGGUUUCGUUGUACGUGUUGUAUAGUUCGAUGUCCUCUUCUUUCAUCAGUGCACGUGCUCGGAAAUGUUUGUUUAAAAACUCGGUUCCUUGAUCCGUCAUGAUCUUUUCAGGUUUGCGUCCAGACGAUCAAAGUAACUUUGAAAGCUUCAACUAAGGUAGGACCCGUUUUGUUUUUCAACGGGACUACCAUGCAUAUUUGGAAAAGACAUCAACGCAAACGAGCAGAGCACGGUAACCGUCAUUAAACUAUUGUAUGGAUUGCAUGUCUGCCAGAUCCAUUUGCCACUGCUAGCUGAUCGAUGCCACCCACGAUGACGCGAUUUUGUUUAAAAAUGUGUGUGGCGACGCAUGGGUUUAUGCAACGUAUAUGCAUCUUGUUUCAUCAGCCAUUCUUUAAUUUCCUUACGGCUUAUCGCAAACGUCUGUACGAUCGCACCGCCAAAUCCUCCUGGACGUUUUGGAUCGUAAAAUUCGUCCAUGUUCACACGUGAAAUGAAGGAAUCGCUUCAUUCUUCAACGUUUUGAAUAUUAUCAUUGCGUUCGUCAUUUCGAAUAUUAUCAUUAAUUGGGUUCGUCAUUUGUCGAGGCAUUUUCAACAGGUUCGUAGUUCUUAAUGGUUUUACUACUGUAUCCCGCCUGCAAAUGUCCCUCGAGAUUGAGAUCGUUGUUUGCUAUGAUUUUUAUUGAUCUUUGGAUCUUUACUGGCAGAGCGGCCCAUGUUUGUCAAACACGCACUCUAUUAUGAAAAAUAUUUUUAUAGGUACACGCGAUUUUACGUAUAAAAACGCGUUUUUCCACCUUCAAAAACUCAAAAAGACAUAAAAAUGUUUCGUUCCGCUCCUGUCGAGAUAAUAUAUUAGAGGGGGAUAGCAAUGGUUGAAGGCCACGUGUGUGGCCGACAUACCACGCAUAAAACUCCCGCAGAAAAUUUUUGAAAUUUGAAACCCAGAAAUGCCAUUUCCUGCAUUCUGAGCAUCCAAAUUUGCUCUAAAAUUUAUGCUAACUACUGUAUUCUUGUGUUUAAAAUAAAAGAAGGAAUAAACGCACAAAAAAUAAAAUAAUUAUUAACAAUAAUUUAUCAUUACUUAGUGGUAUUAUUAUUAUUAUUAUUAUUAUUAUUAUUAUUAUUAUUAUUAUUAUUAUUAUUAUUAUUAUUAUUAAGGAAAUAAGGAAUGGGAAAGUCCGGACUUGUUAACUAUUUGAAAUAUCUGAUUGUCUUGUAUAUUUAUAUAUUUUCAUGUAUUCUGUCUUAUCAUUUUUAUUAGUUCAUAUAGUUGUGAUUCAAAUAGCCAAUUGUAAGUUACCUUAAAUUAUUGAGAUUUACAAUUGUAUAUAUAUAGUAUAUAACAAAAUUAUUAAAGUUUCCAUUAUUAUUAUUAUUAUUAUUAUUAUUAUUAUUAUUAUUAUUAUUAUUAUUAUUAUUAUUAUUAUUAUUAUUAUUAUUAUUAUUAUUAUUAUUAUUAUUAUUAUUAUUAUUACAACAUGGCCGCCGGAAAGCAAAGUUUGGGGUUGGCAUAAACUGCAUUUAUUUUAAACCUUUUGUGAUAGAUUUAUCAACUUUUACUUGCUCUUUGGAAACCUGAAUGCUUUUUAACUUUGAUGCUCAAUUAAGGAAGGAAAAUUUUGUGUGUUGGAGAAGAUGGUGUUUUAGUCAGCUAUUGGGUCAAUUUCAAGAAAUAUUUAUUAUACACGAUGUCGCGACAGCAGCGAUCGAAAUUAAAAUGGACAGAGCAAAUGAAUACAUGCAGAUCUGCUAGAAGGUAAGAAGAAAGCGAUGGAAUUCCUUAAAUCGGAAAACCCGCCAUGCCAUGUGAACGGCAAAAAGAAAGGCUAUAUACAAGUUAUGAAAGAUCUGUGGGACAAGAAAGGAUACGAACAUCUUGAAUUGAAGAGCCAAAACCUGCGAGAUCAAGCCGCCAGGCUUGAGAAAAUUAACGCUACAGCUGAGACUCGUCCUAUCGGUAAGGUAAGCGGCGGAGCGGUUAUCGAUGACGAAAGAGAGCAGACAUUAGAUGAAAACCAGAGAAGGCACAACACGAUUUCACAACAUGAAUUUAGCAAUUUUGAAAAUCAAAACACCAUUAGUCAAAAUGCAAAUUUGGAGGUAAACAGCAAUCUGGAUUUGCAUACAGACAAUGAUAUUGUCCAAAACAGUCACGAACGGCAAGAAACCGAAGCUGUAGAGGGCUUUGAAGUGACUAAUGACUGUCCUGGUGAACCACACGCCGGCAUACAUGAAGCAGGACGUCUACCCGACUAUGUUGCUGUUGAUAUACCAUCGAUUACCAUCUGGGGACGCAGAGCGGACGGCUCAAUAAUUACGGUCAACUUGUCAACCAUAAUUAAUGCAUACGAUGAAAUUACGCGAUGGCGUAAAAAUACUUUUCUCGUCCCGUAUGGCAAAGUUGGGCGAGACUUUAUCGACCAGCUAACACAACAUAUAAACGAUUGGAACAACGCAUCGCAAACACAACACAUAGCGCUGAAAGCUGCAAUUGUUCUCUUGGCAACGGCACUGCAAAAGCCAAGCGUAAAAUCGAAGGCAAAAGAUCACAAAGAGUGCUUGGAAAAACGACUAGCGCUAUGGAAAGAAGGAGAAGUCGAGAGCUUACUUCGUGAAGGCCGGUCCAUUCAAAAGCGUCUAGCAAAGGCUAAAAGGACGGAGCCUCCAAAUAAAGCGAAGAUAUUCGCCAAGUUGGUCAUGGAAGGUCAGAUCAAUUCUGCUUUGAGAUAUCUCAGUGAGGCUGAUUGUGAUGGAGUGUUGCCUUUGACUGACGACGUGAUGAGACAGCUUCAGGAGAAACACCCUGAGGCACAAGAGGCCAAACUUGGCUCGUUACUCUUCGGGCCAUUUGAGGAAGUGCACGAUUCGUUAUAUCAGCAGAUCGAUGGCGAAAUGAUACGCGAGACAGCAUUGCGAACCAAGGGCUCCGGCGGCCCUUCAGGAGUGGAUGCAAAUGGAUUCAAGCGUAUUUUCGCAUGUAAAUCGUUUAAGAAAUCAGGCGUAAACUUGUGUGAGGCAGUAGCAACAAUGACCCGGCGGCUAUGUACGGAAUACAUUGACCCGAGAACUAUCGAGCCUAUAUUAGCCAACAGGCUUAUACCUCUUGACAAAGGCGAGGGUGCGGUUCGUCCAAUUGGCGUCGGGGAAGUUAUCAGGAGGAUUGUCGGGAAAUGUGUUAUGAAAGUGAUUAAGCCCGACGUGAUUGAUGCCAGUGGCUAGCUACAGGUGUGCGCAGGUCUUAAGAGCGGAAGUGAGGCAGCUAUUCAUGCGAUGCACUCCAUAUUUGAAGCAGACGAGACAGAUGCCGUACUUCUGAUUGAUGCCUCAAACGCAUUCAACGCACUCAAUCGAGCGGCUGCACUCCACAACAUAACAGUUCUGUGUCCAUCUAUGUCAACCUACGCAAUCAACACCUAUCGCGAACCAGCUAGACUAUUUAUAUCUGGUGGAGGAGAGCUCAAGUCCACCGAGGGUACCACACAAGGGGAUCCCCUGGCCAUGGGGAUGUAUGCCAUCAGUCUUCAACCCCUGAUCACCGGAUUGAAUGUGUCAAGCAAUGUUAAGCAAUGUUGGUUUGCUGACGACGCAAGUGGCGCGGGAUUUCUGGAAGAUAUCAAGCGAUGGUGGGAACACCUGAAUGAAGCUGGCCCUAAUUUGGGAUACUUUCCAAAUGCUAAGAAAUGCUGGCUGAUCAUAAAGCGUGGAAAAGAAGAAAGUGCUCAUGCUAUUUUUGAUGGGACAGCGAUCAAUAUCUCUGCACAGGGGCAAAAGCAUUUGGGCGCAGCCUUGGGUUCGAUGGCUUUCCUGGAAGAAUACGUCAACGGCAAGGUAGAGGACUGGGUUAGCCAAAUCGUCAAGCUAGCUGAAUUCGCAGCGUCACACCCACAAGCCUGCUAUGCCGCCUUCACCUUUGGCCUCCGCCAUCGAUGGACGUAUUUUCUUAGAACACUUCCAGAUAUAGAAGAUUUACUGGAGCCCUUGGAGCGUGCUAUUGCUGAUGUCCUGAUACCAUCAAUUACGGAUCAUCACUGUACUAAGAGUGAAAGGGAUCUCCUGGCACUCCCAGUACGAAUGGGCGGUCUUGGCCUUGUAAAUCCUAGACAGGAUGCAGCACUGCAGUACGAAACGUCGAUAAAGACCACAGCGCCGCUGGUAGAGAAAAUUAUCGCACAAGCCUACGAAAUUCCAGAUGACUCUGUUAUUCACACACUGCAGCAGAAUGCGCGAAAUGAAAAGAACGAAGUACUUCAGGCUAAACGGGAUGGUAUUAAGAACUCUCUACCCCCGAAAACACGGCGUGCUAUGGAACUAGCAACUGAGAAAGGUGCAUCUAAACUGGUUAACAGUUAUCCCCAUUAAGGAAAUGGACUACAAUCUGAACAAGGGUGAGUUUCGAGACGCAGUAAAGCUGAGAUAUGAGUGGAAAAUUGCUGAUAAGCCAUCAGUAUGCGUGUGUGGCGAUACUUUCAAUAUUGAUCACGCAAUGAUCUGCAAGCGAGGUGGAUUCAUCAUACAGCGCCACAACGAGCUGCGAGAUCUUGAGGCUGAUAUGCUUAACAUCGUCUGUAAUGAUGUCGAGGUUGAACCCGUUCUUCAAGAGUUAACUGGCGAGGUUUUACCAAGAGGAGCAAAUACAGCAUCCGACGCUCGUCUAGAUAUCCACGCUCGAGGGUUUUGGGAGAAACAAAGGUCCGCGUUCUUUGACGUUAGGGUUUGUCACCCCAACGCGGAAUCCUACAAAGACCUGAGCCCUCAACAGAUAUACAGGCAACAUGAAAACGAGAAGAAGAGGAUGUAUGCCCAAAGAGUGAUGGAGAUAGAACACGGAACGUUUACACCAUUAGUAUUUACAACGACUGGAGGCAUGAGUGAAGAGUGCAAGAGGUAUCAUAGCAGAUUGGCCGAGCUCAUAGCAGCGAAGAAAGGCGAAGACUACUCUACGACCAUGUCCUGGAUACGAGCCAAGGUCUCCUUUGCUAUCUUGCGGUCAGCUCUACUUUGUCUCAGAGGGACUAGAGCACCCAGGAGGAUAACAACGAACGUUCAAGAAACGGACUUCGAAGUAGACAAUUCUCGUGCCAAAAUUUAGGCUUAGACUUUUACCAUAAAUUAACUGCUUACUAUAACAUAUACUAUAACAUACUACAACAAUUUAGAUUUUAUAAAUUAUUAUUAUUAUUAUUAUUAUUAUUAUUAUUAUUAUUAUUAUUAUUAUUAUUAUUAUUAUUAUUAUUAUUAUUAUUAUUAUUAUUAUUAUUAUGAACUAUAUUUCAACACGGUACAAUUUCACCUAUACUAAAAUUAAUUAUGUACAAGAUAUAAAAAGAAAAAAAGGUGAUCUUCCAACCGGCCGUGCUCACACAAGCAGAAAUAAGAAAUAAAUAGUUACAAGAAAAUUAUUUUAGGUAGAUGGAAACAAUGGCAGGAUUACUUUCAUGAUGUUAAUUUGCAUGCUUCAAGUUAGACUUAAAAUUAGCAAUAGUUGUUGAUGCUUUUACCGAUGCAGAAAGGCAGUUCCAGACUUCCGCACCUCUGUAGGAGAAUGCAUUUUUCAUACUAUUUGUUUUUGGUUUAGGCAAUGUCAAAUCGGCUCCCGACUGUCUUGUGUUAUGGUCGUGUACUUCACUCACAUUUGUGAACAUAUCAUACAAGUAAUCGGGGAUCAAUUUGUUUUUCACCUUGUACAUGAGAAUUGAAAGUUGUUGCAUUCUUCUUUUUUCGAGGUUCGGAACUUUUAGCUUGUUUAAUAUAUCAGCCGAUCGUGUCGUAUAAUUCUCACGAGUGAUUAUUCGAAACGCUCUGUUUUGUAAUUUUUGAACUUUAGCUGCUAAUGUUUUCCCUAAGCAACCCCACACUUGAGCACAAUAAUCGAAAUAAGGUUGAAUUAUGGAUUGGUAUAUUGUUAUUAAGGUAUUGAAUUCGACUGUAUCCCGGAGUCGUCUGAGAAAAGCAAGGCCUGAGGUAACCUUUUUGAAAUGUGUUCGACCUGCGCGGUCCAGUCUAAAGACUCUUCUAUCAUUAGGCCCAAUAAUUUUGUCAUUUCAACUCUCUUAAUUUCUAAGUUACCUACACUGAUAGCAGGAUCGGCAGUCACUUGACUAAGCCAUUUCUUGGAACCAAUUAUCAUAUAUUCGGUUUUACUAUUGUUCAGAGUUAAUUUGUUUGCGGACAGCCGAUUUGCAACAUUGUUUAAAUAUCUAUUUAAUGUUUCAGUGAUUACUUUGAUAUCGACACCUGAUGUUGCAAUUUGGUUAUCAUCCGCAAACAUAUCUGGUUUUGUCCCGUCGUUUAAACAUUUUGGUAAAUCAUUGAUGUAAAUUAGAAAUAACAAUGGGCCUAAACCAGAACCCUGAGGUAUGCCUGUUUCAUAAUUGAUGGACUUGAUAGUUUGCCAUUCACACAACGGCACUGGGUCUUAUUUGAUAGAUACGACUCCAGCCAGCGAUGUGCCGUUCCCUUUAUUCCAAAAGUUGCUAUUUUGUCUAAGAGUAUAUUGCGGUCGACAGUAUCGAAUGUUUUUUUCAGAUCCAGAAACACAAUCCCAUUUAGUUUCCCAAUGUCAAUAUUUGUAUACCACUCGUUGAUUAUGUCCAGUAAUGCUGUAACAGUUGAGUGAAGUGGUCUAAAUCCGUGUUGGGAGCUUGAAAGUAGAUUAUAGUUAUGUAAAUAAUUAUAAAUUUGGUUAUAAAUCAGCUUUUCCGCAAUUUUGGCAACUACUGAUAUAAUGGAUGUUGGUCUGUAGUUUGUCAUUUCAUCUUUAGCUUCAGACUUAAAGAUCGGAGUAAUUCUAGCGAUUUUCCAAUCAUUGGGAAGUAUGCUUGUUAAGAUUGACUGAUUGAAUAUUGAUGUUAGGGAUGGUGAAACAACUGCUGCCGAAAGUUUUAAGAUACGAGAGGAAAUACCAUCGAUUCCCGAUGCUUUAUUGGGCCCUAAACCAUGAAGUAUUUUCAAAGAUCAUUUUCUGAAAUUUCUUGAAAGCUAGGGAGCCCAUUAACUGGAUGAAUGAAUGAAUGAAUAUAUAAUUGAUCAUCCCUAAAAAGGGCUUUUCAGAAUCAAUAUACUAAAAUAGUUACAAGAGUGUAAUAGAAUCUAAGAUAGUAAAGUUAGAACUGCUAUACUAAAACUAUAUUUACAUUGUCUAUUUAAUACUUUAACAUAUAUGAAAUUAUUUGUCGAUUAAAAUUGUCUUAAAAAUUCUUUCUUCUAUCUAAUUAGUCCCCUAAAUACAUAUAGUUAUUGCUCCAUCCGAAACUGUCUCAAUAACUCUUUCUUCAAGUUAAAUUUAAAAACACUAAUUGAUCCGCAUAGUUUAAUAUCAGGAGGUAACUCAUUCCAUAGUUUUGCUAUACGAUACUUAAAGGAUUUCUGUCCCUUUACACUUGUAAAAAGUGGUAAAUUUAGCUGGUCAGAUUGUCUAGUUGUCCUUCUGCUGACAGCUUCUCUUGUAGUAAAUAGAGAGCUCAGGUAGUUGGGUGCCAAUCCGUUCAUACAUUUAAAUGCGAGCACUGCGUCCCGGUAAAAUAAGUGCUUUUUCACCGGGAUCCAUUGUAAUUCCUUUAGGAUUGGGGUCACGUGAUCAUACUUCCGGAGUCCGCCAAUGAUACGUGCCGCAAAAUUCUGCACUGACUGAAGUUUCUUAAUGUUUCCCUCGGAUGUCGUGGACCAGACAGAUGAGCAGUAGAAGAGUUUACUAAACACCAGUGAAUUAAUGAUUGUAAUAAGUAAUUCUUUAUUAAAGACAUGCUUAACUCGGUUAAUUUGUCCUAGGGCAGACAUGCAUUGAGCUGACACUUUAAUGAUGUGUUCAUUAAAAUUGAGAUUGCGAUCGAAAGUUACACCCAGGUCCUUUAUCGAUUCGUUUGGAGUAAGUGCUUUGCCCAGUAAGGAGAGUUGAAAACAUUCUGGUAGUUUGGCGACCAUUUGUCUGCUUCCGUAAACCAUUAGUUGAGUUUUACCUGGAUUUAUUAGUAAAAGAUUUUGGAAGCACCAAUUUCGGAUUCUCUCGAGAUCUUCAUUUAUAAACAACAUAGUUGAGUCGCACUCUUUGGCUGAAAAGCACAUGUACAUUUUUGUGUCAUCCACAUAACUUUCAGUAGGGCACUUACUAGUUAUUGAGGGUAAGUCAUUGACAUAUAUGCUAAACAGCAAGGGUCCCAAAAUGCUUCCUUGAGGUACGCCACUUUCCAAAUUUAAAGCUUCGGAUAGUGUGGAAUUAAUACGGACAGACUGGUAUCGAUUGGUCAGAUAACUCGUGAACCAGUUUAGGGCUUCAAAAGACAGCCCAACAUCUUUGAGUUUGCUAAUCAGAAUGUCAUGGUCCAAGCUGUCAAAUGCUUUGGACAUAUCCAGUAAAACAACUGCGGUCAGUUUUUUAUCAUCAAUUGCCUUUAGAAUUACAUCAGUUGUCUUUAUUAAUGACGUUUCGGUAGAGUGCCAUUGUUUAUUGCCGCUUUGAUUGACUGCAAGACGAUUAUGGGACAGGAGGUAGGGCAUCAGUUGGUUUAAAGCCACCUUUUCACAAACCUUAGACAGGAUUGGUAAUAGCGAUAUAGGCCGAUUAUUAUCAGCUAGGUCAUGAUCACGGUCGCUACUUUUCGAAAUCGGGAUUAUUUCGGCUUGCUUCCAACGACUAGGAAAUGAUUCAUCAGCAAAGGAGGCGUUAAUAAUAGACGUUAAAGGCGUUAAGAUAUGUACAAGACAGUCUCUGAUGACUUUUAGAUGAAUUCUGUCGAUGCCGGGGGCCUUCGCUAAUGGCAUGGCUAAGAUUAUCUGGUUCACUUCCUCCUGUGUGACUGCAUGGAAUGUAAAUUGGUCAGCAAGGGGGAUACUUCUGGGAACAAAAAGCGACCGAUUUAAAUCGUAAUUAAAUUAAUUAGCCAAACAAUGAAUUUCUUCAACAGUGUUUUGUCCAACUGAACAAAAGAAAUCAUUAAAGUCGUUAGCAACGAUCUUUUCUUCUUUCGAAAAGGGCUUAGUGCUUGUUACUUUCUUUGGUAUGCACGAACGAAUUACUUUCCAUAAACAAUUGGAAUCGUUCGGAUUAUCUUUUAUCUGCUUAGCUACGUAUUCCCUCUCGGCCUUUCUCAAUCUUUGUUUAACUUCACGCUUUAGGUUUCUAUAUGAUGACCACGCAUCAGGAUCAUUUGUUUUGCUGGCAUGUCUACGCCAGUUGUCUCUAGUUUUCAUUAAUAACUUAAUCUCGUCUGUUACAAAAGGAUUUGGACGAGUUCUCAACCUUACUCGCCUAAUUGGAGCUUGUUGUUCCAAAAUUGGGUCAAAAAGCAAAUGAAAAGCGUUUAGUUUUCCGUCAACGUCAUCGAAAUUUUCUAUCACUGACCACGGCGCUUCGGCAAUAUUACUCGCGAAUACACUGGCAUCAUAAUGUUUAUAACUGCGUCUUAUUACAUAAACCGGUUUCGCGCGACGGCUCUUAAGGUUUAGUGUUAUAGAGACCAAAUCAUGGUCACUGAUUGAGACUGGUUGUACUCCAGAGGACUUUACCAAGUGCAUAUUUGAAACUAGAAUAACAUCUAUUAAGGUUUUAGAUAAAUUGGUACAUCUUGUAGGCUGUUUUAUUACCUGUGUAAGAUUGAAGGCCAGGCAGAAAUCCAAAAGGGGUCUAGCGUUGCCAUCACUGGUAUCAAGAACAUUACAAUUUAGAUCACCCAAAAUAAAGAUAUCUUUGCUUAAUGUCAUGGCCGAGAUGAACGAUUCACUCAAUUCCUGGUCAAAACAAUCCAAUGAACAGUCAGGUGGUCUAUACGCCGUGCAAACAAUAAAAGAUUUAUGUUUGUUAAUUUGAAUACUAAGCCAUAGUUGAUGGAACCCACCGCUUGAUAUCGACGAUAAUUUACUUAGCUGUUUGACUUCGUAGAUCUCCUUUACAAAUACGCACACGCCACCGCCAGUUUUAUUUUUUCUGUCGAGGCGCUUUAUAGUAUAGCCUGGGAUUACUAUUUCACUAUCGUGAACUGAUCCAUUUAACCAUGUUUCAGAGAGUUAGAAUAUCAAAGUCAUUGUCGCAUGGCUGUUUUCCAUGGCUGUUUUCCAUCUUUUUCUCCGCAGUUUGCACUUUCCCGCCCAGUUCCAUCAAAGUUUCUUUCAAUGUUUUAAUAUCUUUCUGUAUCUGUCCACAAUCAUGACAUUUCACUUUCCUAUAUCCACAUACUUCAGUCUCGUGAUGGACCUGGUUUUGCUUGUUAAUCUCCAUGCCACAAUUUUCAUUUGAACAAAACACAGGAGCAAACCGGCUCGCAAUUGGCAACAUGAGUUUGGAGACCUUCAACACAAGUAAACUCAGGACAUCCUCGACUGGCAUAAUCACAAUUAAUCUUCAGUUUAGACAACAUGUUAUUCAACACACGUGGCCGACGAAGCGUAUCAGCACUUAAAUGUUCAUUACAUUCGGGGCAAGUUUGAGAAUUUACUUUCAGAUGUUCAAUGACACAGGCAAGACAAAAGAUGUGUUCAUUAUUUCUACACAUCCUUGGUUCUUUAAGAACAUUGUAGCAGAUCGAGCAAUGAAAGUUUUCGUCGACAUCUUUCUCAAACCUGUUAUCGUCGUAGCCAUGUUUCUCUUCCGUUGGGCAACAAGCCAUUAUUUACAGUUGACAAAACCUUGCUCUGCUUUCCAUUGUAACGGAAUAGAUGUACUAAAGAGAUUUCUUUGUAAGGUUUAUCUUACAUUGUAAAGAAACUAUAUCAAAACCAAGAAACAGAAGAGGAGGUUUGAAACACUUUUGCUUUCGCUGUGGUCUGAUUUUGCAAUAACAAACCUUGAUUAUACAACAAAUACUUGGAAAUUUGACAUUAUAGGAUCAUAGGAAGUGACAUCACUUCACUACUUGUUUUAAUAUUUCCCAUGCACAAUUUGAUGCCUAUACAUAAUUUCUAAGCUGAUGCCCGAGUUAAAAUUCUCUUUGAAAUAUGAAUAGUACUACUCCGGCUUUAUGUAUGAAAUGCAAAUAUGCUCAUUGUUGUGUUUAAUAAUUGAUGAAGAAAACGCAAAGUAAAUAAUGACUAUGUAGGGGCUUGACACCUGCAAAAUCCUGCUGAUUUAAAUUCGUUUUUCAUAUUUUAUACCGCAGCAAGUAAACAUCAUGCAUGCUGUGUAUAUAAUUACAAAAAACACGUACGCAAUUUACACAGGACUUACAUGAU